GGCCAGCCUAAAAUGCCUGUUUGUUGUCGCUGAAUCCGUCAGGGACGUCCACGAUGUCAACGGCUGAGCUCCAGGAACCGGACACACCAGGCGGAAACGUCAGCGGUCGAAUCAGUCGCGUUCGGGCUCUUGCGCACAGGUUUGAAACCGGCGAGGCCGCCGCUGUCGCUGCUCGUCCUGGAAAAGAAAAUGCCGUUCUAGGAUUAGAGAAUAGGAAGAAGGAACAGGAACCGAACAAUCCGAAAUCGACGAUGCUGCUUGUUGUGCACGAUCCGAGACUUGUGAGAAAAUGCAAUCAACCCUCUCGAGCUCGUCUCAGUCGAAGUCGAGUCUCGCAGAAGAAACGACCACAAAGCAGUCCCGUAUCAUCUCCAGCUACACAUAGAUCACCGUUCAUCAUGCGAAAAAGUGGAUCAGCACAUUCCAAUCUUUGUGUGGUUCAACCUUUGGAUGUGAAAACUCCUCGGUUCCGUCGAGAGAAGCCCCCACCGCCCGCCAAACCUCAGGGACUAGCACAGCGUGCGAUGGCUUGGAGCCAGUACAACCAACCCGGUCCAUCGACGGAAACUCCGCAAAUGCAGAAAAGACAAUCCACAUCGAGUCUGGACCAAGCAAGAGGAAUUUCUCUUGAAAUUCCGCAGCCUAGUACAGUUUGUAGUACACCAUCGACAAGCAGGUCAAGGAGUUCUCGCCCUCGAUUUUCACCGCCUCCCCCACCCGGGCCAAAAAAGCCAGAUCGUGGUGUUCAACGUGAUCAGUCCUCUGAGGACAACAGAUCCAGGAUAGAUAUCAAUUCCCCGUCAAACGAAAUUUAUCAACAGUUACCGUCUCCGGAGCAAAAAUCACCCAACGUGCCAUCUUCCAACGCCUUAGCGCCUGAUGAAAAAGCCAUGCCAAGUGCUCCCACUAUUCCAUUACCUCUUCCACCCAAACCCGAGGAGAUUGAAGACGACAAUGAGUGCUACGAGCAAAUCGACUACAGCUCCGAUACCCUGACCGUAGGUGGAAGUACAGUGGAUUGCUCAGCCGAAAGCCCACAGAUCUACCGAGCCGGUGGUAGCGAACCGUCGACAGCCAGGGAAAGAAAUUCAGAAAUAUUCGCAGAUUCGCAGUCGUUGACCGGCCAGCCGAGUCGCCAUUCGUUCUCCUUGCCCGGCAACUGCUCCGCCGCGUUACCGCCGCAGCCAGAUCGACCGUUUACGGCCACGUUGAGGAGAAAAAUGAUUUCACCACUAUCCAAUGGUCCCGCAGAGCUGGAGCGACUAUUUCGUUUCAAAACCAGUUUACACCACAAUAUCUCUAAAAAGAUGGAUCAACUACGGCAAAAAGUCAACGAAAAACGUUCACGCCAUUCACAGUUCGACAUCAGCGGUGGCGGCGCGGAUCCGGAUGCGGAGAGCCCGUACGCGGGCGGCGGCGCCUCCGAUACCGGUUAUUCGCACUAUAAAAACAACGUCAACGACGAAGACAUCUACGUGUACGGUGACGAAUGGAGCAGCGAAGACGACGACGACCAAAAUGUCUACGACGAUCGCCGUUCGUCGAUGUAUAAAGACCUAGAACAACAACUGAAGAAAGUUUUCCCAGCAACUUCAACGACCGCGAUUGAUACUACUACGAAAACGAAAAUGGAAUCUGAAUACGAAUACGAUUCAACCGAUACUGCCGCCGAGACGAGCCAACGUCCAGAAGAACUGCCAUUUUCUAAAUUGUCCGUCAGCAGCUCGAGCAUGGAUGAGCCUUCACCAGAAGAAGACUAUACUCGCCAGUACACUAGCCGUCUACCCACUGAUCAACCGCUUUACCAGAUCUACAUGCUGGCCGAGAACGAUAAGCUGUUUGACAGUGUGCUGCUCAGAUCGAAUGAUUCCGCAUGUGGACAGGAAGAACACCCUCCGGACUCGACUGGUUCGCUGGAUUUGUUCCGUCGAGAGUCGUGCGCGUCUUCCGAUUCCGGAAGAGGAGCCGACUGCUCCACAUCCGCAUCGGCGUUGACGUCAAAUACGUCGAUGAGACGUGAACGUCUCAUUGCUACUUCACACUUUGGUAGUCAGAGGAGCCUGUGGUGCGAGCUGGAAGAGGUUCGAGCCGCUGGUUUGCUGAAUAAACUGGACGACGAGACAAAGAUGCGUCAGGAGGCAUAUUUUGAGGUGAUUACGAGUGAAGCCAGUUAUCUACGCUCGUUAAAUAUUCUGAUCACCCAUUUUAUGGCUAGCCAAGAAUUAAUGGGUUCGAAGAGCUCCUUUUCUGUAAUUUCCAAUUCGGACAGGAAACAGCUCUUCAGCAAUAUUUUCGCCGUAAGGGACUGUAGUGAAAGAUUACUAUCGGACCUGGAAACACGACUGGAGCAUAGUUUAGUACUCGAUGACUUAUGUGGAAUUCUCCUCCAUCACUUUGAAACUAAUUUUGAUGUUUACAUCAAGUAUUGCUCAAAUCAGGUCUACCAAGAACGAACACUACGUCGUCUCAAAGCUGAGAAUCCUGCUUUUUUGGCUGCUGUUUCACGUAUGGAAGCUGACAAACAGUGCCAAGGACUUGACAUGCGUUCAUUUCUUAUGUUACCCAUGCAACGCGUUACCAGGUACCCUCUUUUGGUCUACGCUAUUCUGGAUCGACUAAAAAGGGGAUGCGAAGAGUAUGAAGUCGCCACGAAAGCUCUGCAUGCUGCCAAUAGGGUCGUAGGAGAAUGUAACGAAGGAGCUCGAAGAAUGGAAAGGACAGAGCAGCUACUAGAAGUUGACAGGCGACUCGUUUACAAGGAUCCGGAAUUGAAGAAGAUUGCACUAGUUUCAAAUUGCCGUUACCUGGUAAAGCGAGGUUCGCUCGUACAGCUGAUGGAAAGGAAGAAUAGAAAUAUUCUGCAGGGUAAACAGAAAACUCGAAACGUCUACAUAUUUCUCUUCUCUGACAUAAUUUUAGUAACGAAGAAGAAGCUAAAUGGGACUUAUGAAUGCAAAGACUAUGCGGCUCGACGAUAUAUCGACGUGCAGCCGUUGGAAGUUGAUCCUAGCAGGAUGUGUAAUGGAACAUUGCCAGCACUAGCAGCUCGUCCACAUCUGUUCCUUUGUGUAUUUAUGCGAAAUGCUCGCGGAAGACAAACUGAACUUCUCCUCAACGCUGAAUCGGAAACAGAUAGAGAACGAUGGCUUAGCGCUUUGCGACCGCCUAUAUCCACAAACCCGGAGGAAAAAAUUUAUGCUGAAUGGGAUUGCCCUCAAGCUGUUGCUGUUCAUACAUACAACAAAAACCAAGAUGAUGAAUUAUCGUUGGAAGUUGGAGACAUGGUCAAUAUUUUGAGAAAAAUGCCCGAUGGUUGGUUCUUCGGUGAGAAGGUUAAUGAUGGACAAUCUGGGUGGUUCCCAUCGUCAUAUGUUCAGCAAAUUCUCAACGAUCAUGUAAGAGCCAACAACUAUCGCAAACGGCUCCGUCUUAUACAGGCUGCUGGUACAAUCUCAGCCAGAGAUAUUACGCCACGGAGCGCGGCCACACCGCUGAUGGACAGACUUCGACGAAUGAGUAACCCUCGUUUCCUGUUUCAAGCUGAUCCACCCCCCACACUGUGACUCAAAUGACUAAAUGCCUGACAUUGCUCAACAGUUCUUUCGCUCUUCCUAAAUAACUGCUUACAACGUCUACGGUUUCUGUUAUUCUCUUUUGACAGUUGUGAUUGUUUGAUAUUCUCUUCCAAAGUGUUAUCUAUAUCAUAUGGUCGUCGUUAAUCAUGCGCUUGUGUUAAUUGUUGCUAGUCAUUUUGUUUUGCUAUUCUAGAUGCAAGAGAAAAGAAUUAUGUAUUUCCAGCAAAGUCCAUAUCAUCUUGCAAUGCAUUUUGUACAUUUCAUGAAUAUUAUUGCAAUCC